AUGGCAGCUCGGUACUUGUUUCUUGGGGUUGUGGGUGCCGGCUUGGCGGUUGCCAGCUCCGUCACCUGCUCGGGCAGCGCCCCUGUGAGCUGUCACAACACCACCUCGUUCGACACAUGCUGUCUUGAAUACCCGGGCGGACAUAUGGUGCAGACGCAGUUCUGGGACACCAACCCGCCCGUUGGACCGUCGGAUUCGUGGACAAUCCAUGGACUGUGGCCUGAUCACUGCGACGGCACGUUUGACUCGAGCUGCGACUCGUCCCGCGCCUACACCAACAUCACCCAGAUUCUGCAGGCCGCCUCACCUGACACCCUAUCGUUCAUGCAGACACAUUGGAAACCCAACUCGGGCACCGAUGAGUCCUUCUGGGAGCACGAGUGGGGCAAGCACGGCACCUGCAUGACCACGCUCCGUCCUUCGUGCUAUUCCGGCUACCAGCCGACACAGGAAGCCGUCGACUUCUUCGACCGUACCGUGGCCCUCUUCCAGGGACUUCCGUCUUACUCGUGGCUAGCGGACGCCGGCAUCGUGCCCUCCACCACGGCCACCUACACGCUCUCCGCUAUCCAAGCCGCGCUGACGGGCAAGUUCGGGUUUGCUGUCACCAUCAACUGCAAUUCUGGCGAGCUCAACGAGCUGUGGUAUCAUUACAACGUCCAAGGCUCCGUCCAAAGCGGCACCUUCAAACCCACCAGCCCCGUCGGUGCCGGGUCCACCUGCCCGUCAUCCGGCAUCAAGUACCUGCCCAAGUCGGGAAGCACGACUCCUACCUCGACGUCCAAGCCGUCGACCUCCUCGCCUACCUCAUCACCGACCGGCACCCCUGGUGGAAAUGUGCCGUCCGGCAGCGGAUACCUGAAUGCUGUUACCGGCGGGUCCCAGAAGGGAUGUAUCAUCAGCGCCGGGACAUGGUACACCUCCGGGACGUGCGCGACCUUUACGGCUACGCCGAGCGGCUCCGGGUUCACCCUCUCAUCCAGCAAGGGCAAGUGCGCCAUCGCAAGUGGUGCUCUGACCUGCUCGUCGUCGGUGUCAAGCGCAACUGUUUUCUCGUAUGACGGAACGCAUGUGACGUAUUCUGGCAGCGCGACGUUCUACUCGACAGCGGUUCCGUCGGGGUCGACGCAAGCCACGGUUUAUACCGCGUCGAACUCGGUGUCGCUCCAGCUUACCUGGCAGGCACUUUGA